CACAGGCAGGCCACAUGAGCAGAAAACUAACGGCGAUCAGCAGAGGGCUCAUCAAAUUCCAGAGUCACCUUCAACUCCAAUAUCGAUACUUGGAAACAAAUUCAAAUCCGAAUUUCUCCCUACCCACAAUAAAACCCAACUCACCCGUCAAUCCCUCUCAGCUCCUAAGAGUCAGCACGAUCCUUUACCAGCAACAAAACUCAGUGGAGUCAAAGCUCCACUCACACCUCCGUAAUUGCGAAUUUAAUCUUUCUCACGAGUUCUUUCUGCAGGUCUGCAACAAGUUCCCUUACUCAUGGAAGCCCAUCUAUGCGUUCUUCAAGUUCACAGAAAUCCAGCCGGGUUUCACUCAUUCGUCAAUCUCUUUCAACAAGAUGGUCGAUGUUAUUGGGAAGUCAAGCAACAUCGAGCUUCUUUGGGAGGUGUUACAGGAGAUGGCCAGUCGACGGCUUGUUACUAAUAAAACUUUCAAAAUUGCCCUGAAAUCUUUGGCAUCGGCGAGGGAGUUGAAGAAAUGUGUUGAAUUCUUCCAUUUAAUGAACACCCAUGAGUUUAGUUACAAUCUGGAGACUCUUAAUAAGGUUGUUGAGAUUCUUUGUUGUGAUAAGCUUGUUGUUGAAGCUAAAUAUAUAGUCUCCAAAUUAAAGCCUUGGAUCAGACCAUCCGGGGUUACUUACAAAUACCUGAUUGUUGGGUUCUGCGAUACCGGUGAUCUAGUUGAAGCAGGAAAAAUUUGGAGUUUAAUGGUGGAUGAAGGGUUCCAACCGGAUAUAGAUGCAGUUGAGAAGAUGAUGGAGACUCUUUUCAAAACAAAUCGAUUCGAUGAGGCAUUGAAACUUUUUCAGUUCAUGAGAACAGAAAGGAUUGACGAUUUGGGUUUGUCGACCUACAGGCUUGUGAUCACUUGGUUGUGUAAAAAAAGCAAGUUAGCCCAGGUUCAUUUGGUGUUUGAAGAAAUGCAGAAGAGAGGAAUCCAUGCAGAUAACCAGACAUUUGCAGCAUUAGUUUAUGUACUUUUAACCCAAGGGAGAGUUAGGGAAGCGUAUAAGAUGGCCAAGGAGAUUGAAAAACCAGAUAUAAGUGUUUACCAUGGAUUGAUUAAAGGGUUGCUAAAGUUGAGAAGGGCGAGUGAAGCAACCCAAGUGUUUAGGGAGAUGAUAAAGAGAGGGUGUGAGCCGACAAUGCACACUUACAUCAUGCUAUUGCAAGGACACCUAGGGAAGAGAGGGAGAAAGGGUCCUGACCCGAUCGUGAAUUUCGAUUCCAUCUUUGUGGGGGGCUUGGUUAAGGUGGGGAAGUUUUUAGAAGCUACCAAGUAUGUGGAAAGGAUGAUGAGUGGUGGAGUUGAGGUGCCUAGGUUCGAUUACAAUAUGUUUUUGCAUUAUUUUUCAAACGAGGAAGGUGGUGUAAUGUUUGAGGAAGUGGGGAAGAGAUUAAGGGAGGUGGGGUUGGUUGAUCUUGCAGACAUAUUUGUGAGGUAUGGGGAGAGGAUGGCUACUAGAGAUAGGAGGAGAAUACGAGUAGCUGAACCAUGAGAAAAGCUUCUGAAGGUUCAUUUGAUUGUUAGAAUUGCAUGGUAUGACAAUGACUUAUAUUAAGGGGUCUGGAAGAAUGGAAUUUCUUUAACUGGAUCACAAAGUAAGUUACACGAGUCUUCUACAUGUCCUUUAUGCAUUCUUCAGGACGAAUGAUUUCAAGCUAGGAGAGUUGAUGCAGCUCACAAGUAUUCUCUCAAUUAGGACUUAUAUUAUUUUUUUUAAAUUCAUUGUACAGGCUGGAAUUUCUGUUACUAAUUCCAGUCCUUUUAAAUGUUUGUUUUCUUUCUAUUUUAAGAGUCAUAGCCAUGUUGGAACU